AUUGUUUACAGACAGACACAUCGCAUGGACCACUACCCACCCACAAGUUCUUCUUCCCAGCAAGUCAAUGGCGCUUCCUCAUCAAUUCGUAACGAGCCACGAGAGCCACGUAAACGAAACAUCAGUAGUAUAUAUGCAUUACAGGUGCAGGCGUUCCUUGACGCGGCAGAAGUUGUCGAAGCGGAUCCGGAGGUGAUCGAAGACCUUCUCGAAAGUUUUGCUAGCGACGCCCAUGGAGAACAAACAAGCGAAGACAAUGACGAAGUGGACAUGGGGUCCGCAUACUUUGAUGGCGAUGACACUGAAGACGAUGAAGGCAUGUCAGAGUGGGAUGCUCUGCUGCGAGAGGCUCAGUCCUCGUGGUCAAAGCAGGAAAUCAAGGAAAUGACAAAGUGGCUCAAGGAAUUCGGCAUUGCAUCCUUCAUACAGGAGUACGUAGUGAAGAGAGACAUUCCUAUUCCGAAGUUGCUAUAUGCGUUCGGCGUAUAUCUGUGCCCGGAGCUCAGGUGUAAGCCCUUGAGGACCUUGUUAUACUUUCUGCGGGUAGCCCUUUCUCGAGAAUUACAAUCUAGAGAGAAACUGCCGGAAUAUAAUACAAUCGACGACGCGGUUAGCCUCAUUCGGAAGCGAAAGCGCAUCCUGGUCCUGACUGGUGCAGGAAUCAGUGUAUCUUGUGGCAUUCCCGACUUCCGUUCUCGUAAUGGGUUGUAUGCCUCACUGCAGGAAAGUGGGGAGUAUGAUCUCGAUGAUCCUCAACAGAUGUUCGAUAUACACUAUUUUCGGGAAAAUCCGGCUGUGCUUGUUCCUGAGAGUACUAAAAUAUACCCGUCAAACUUUAUACCCUCUCCAUGUCAUCGCUUCAUCAAAGCAAUAGAAGACAAGGGAAAGCUCUUACGAAACUACACGCAGAACAUCGAUACCUUAGAGACGCUGGCGGGCGUAAAGCGCGUUUUGCAGUGUCAUGGGUCCUUUGCCACAGCAUCUUGUCUCAACUGCAAGAUAAAGGUACCCGGCACAGACAUCGAAGAAGAUAUCCUAAACCAGGAAGUCCCGUUAUGCAAGAGGUGCAUUUCCACGUCAGCUGUCGCUCAGGCCAAAGCGAGUCCUAAGAAGAAAGCGAAAAAACGGCGUGGCAUGGAAUGGGAUAGCGACGAUGAAGAGCCCGGCACGCCGCCGUAUCCUCCAGGCAUCAUGAAGCCGGAUAUCACUUUCUUUGGCGAGAAGCUCAGCGACGAGUUUGACCGGGCGCUAUUGGAGGACCGGCAAGAGAUCGACUUGCUGAUCAUUAUCGGUACCUCCCUCAAGGUAUCCCCUGUUUCAGACAUUAUAGCCCAUCUGCCCCAUUCGGUUCCCCAGAUCCUCAUCAACAAGACUCCCAUUAAACACAUUAACCCAGACAUCGUUCUCCUCGGAAACGCAGACGACAUCGUAAUGCAUCUGGCUCGCAAGCUCGAGUGGGACUUGCCGGCAGUGCCGACAAGGCGUGCGAUCCCUUCUGUACUCGAAGGCAAGACUGCAAAGAGAUCCGCGCGAGAAGUUGAACGAUCUGAGCCGCAACGUGUCGGGGAUAGUCACGUCUGGUUAUUCCAAGGGGCUGAAGGCGGCAAAUGGGUCGAAGAGAUAGCGCGACAGUACGAAAGCCAGUCCGAUGAUGGCUCGCCAUCUGGAACUGCCACACCGACGUCUGCAGAAUCAAGCCAAACCCGUAAAAUCAAGAAGGCGAGGACUGGUCUAGAAGAUGACUCGAAUCAUCCCCAUCGUCGUAAGCGCAGGCGGAAUGCAUUCUUCGAGGCCCGUGACAGCGGAUCAAGAUAGUCCUCGUAGAAUCCGACGAUGAACUGCUCAGCCUUGAAACCGAAUUGGUUGUACAAGAGCUAGGAGGAAGGAUGAGACUUACGGUACAUCGCGAAAUGACUUAUGAAGUUCACUCACCAUAGCGGGGUUGUUGAUGGACACAUGUAGAGUGAUAUCUCUAUUGGGAUUUAGCGUAAUUAGAUGAUAUAGCAUUGAUCUGGACAGCGCACGACCAUUAGACUAGUCCUAUAUUUAUAUGAUCUCGAUGCUGAAACUGCGUACGUG